CACUAAACUUUAAAAUAUACAGUUGUUUUACAAAAAUGAAAGUUCUAAUUGUUUUAACCUUUUGUAUAGUUUACGUCUUCUGCGGGUCUAUUUUGACCCAGAGGCAACCGGAAAUAAAAAAAGUAGUUGGAGGUUAUUCGGGAUCAUGUACCACAUCUCGCUAUUGGGAUUGCUGUAAGCCAACUUGUUCAUGGAAAGGAAACACAAACACGGAUUAUGGUCCAGUAAGAGCUUGCAGCAGCGAUGGAUACAAUGUAGAUGAUGGAAAUACUGAAUCUGGAUGUGUUGGAGGGAGCUCAUACAUGUGCAAUAACCAACAGAGUGUUGUUAUUAACUCCACGUUAGCUUAUGGAUUUGCCGCCGCUAUGUUCAUCAGCCCCCCUGAAAACAUGUGUUGUACUUGUUUCCUUCUCAGUUUCCAAAAGGGCGAAUGGGGUGACUGUUCCGGAAAACAGAUGGUUGUCCAAAUUACAAACACCGGUGCUGGUUCUAGCAACUCUAGCGGUGAUCAAAACAACAUCGAAGUUGCCAUGCCUGGAGGUGGUGUCGGAUAUUACACAGAAGGAUGUAAAACUCAAUGGAAUGCUCCAGACCUAGGUUGGGGUGACCAGUAUGGAGGUGUAACUACUGAAGACGGCUGUUAUGAACUUCCUACUCAACUUCAAGAUGGAUGCAAGUUUAGAUGGGAGUUCCUUAAUGGUUGUUCAAACCCACCAGCAACCUUUGAACAAGUUGUUUGUCCUCAAGAAAUUGUGGAUAUAUCCGGCUGUAAAAUGGACCCUGUUUGGAAUUCGUAGAAAUAAAUACUUUAAAUGACAAAGUCGUGUGCCAUAUGUAUUUUAUAAAUUGAUUUUUUUAUAUUUAUGUUUUAAUAUAUUUUUAUAUAAGGAAUUAUUAAAUUUGAUACUUUUUAUUAUUUCUAUUUUGUCCUAAUAACAUCUCGCAUAUUUUUAGCUUCGCAUCACUGAUUCAAUCCUAUUUAAGAAUUCUGAUUCGAUUCUUUUCAUUGCAAUUUGAAUACAGAAUUAUGGAAUUUUGAGUAGAAUUAACUAAAAAUAUCUACAUGAUCUUUGUCUGGCAAGAGGUGUUGCA